CACUCUCCCCAGAGGAAAGUGAGCUCUCCGGCUUUGUUUCAAGUUUCCCAAGCUUGGCAGAGUAUCAACUACUACCCACUCAUGAAGGGUAGAUGAGGAGUUGAAGAAUCUAAUAACCUCCUAACGUCUCUCUCGUCCCUGAAUCUGCCAAGGCAAAGAGACGUGGUAUCGCUCCUGGUCAUGUUUUCGACCUCAGUGGUUCCCGAGGCAUUUUCCACUCCAGGCUGGCAGAUUGAAAAGAAGUAUUCAACGAAAGUGCUCGUUGGGAACUGGGUAGAAGAAAGAGGGAAGUUCACCAAAGCCACUGAGCACACACCUCAGUGCAAUUACAGGAUGGAAUAUAUUCCCCUCCCAGACCACAGACCAGACUACAUUUCUCGGUGGUAUACAAAAAGGAAAAUGGAGGGUCUCCCACACAAUUACCUGAUGACCCAUCACCAGGAGCCCUGGCAUCGCUAUCUGAUCAGCACCUAUGAUGACCACUACAAUCGGCACAAUUAUAACCCAAGCUUGCCUGCCCUGCGUACCUGGAAUGGACAGAAGUUGCUGUGGCUGCCAGAGAAGUCUGACUUUCCCCUUCUUGGACCUCCCACAAACUAUGGACUAUUAGAGCAACUGCAGCAAAAGUGGCUUGCUCCCAAGACUGGCCUGAAAGAGAGCAUUUACACUACAUCCUACCCCAGGUUACCCGUGUGUGCUAUGUCCAGAAGGGAGCAUGCCAUCCCAGUCCCUCCCACUCGACUGCAGCCUAUGCCACGCUCCUGAGAAUUACCACUCCACUUACAGUCUGGCCCGAGCCAGAAGACCCCACAACCUCACUGGACUUGAGAGAUAGCAAACAUCUGCAGAUGUACCCCAAGAAUGAAUUAUGGACCAUUGUUUUGUGUGGAGUGUAGGAAUCUCUUGGAAUCAUGAUUUGUAUUUUAUGGUAUCUUGUCUCUAAACUCAUAGGUUGUUUUGGGUUACAUCCCAUAAUUAAAGCUUUUUAACACG